AUGCCUCAUACAGCACGUAGUAAAUGUAUUGAUUGCGAACGAGGCUUGGACUUGAAUCAAUUUCGUGAAGUUGAUGCUGGUCUUUUGCGAUUGUUUUUGGCUGUAAAAUUUUCGAAGCGUAUUCGUUGUGAUGAUAUGAUUUGUCAGAAAUGUCGUUCACAGUUUCUUAAAUGGCAGCAGAAAAUGGAAGGUGAUUUUGACAACUACAAUAGUGCAGCUGAAUUUGAUAUGGAAUCUAUGAAUAUUGAUGAUGAUAGUGUGAUGAGUGUUGGUGUUGAUAAUGUUGCUACAAUCUUUUCAAAUGCAAAUAUUGAUACUCAACCUAAUAGUAUUAGUAUUCCAAUUUUUCGAUGUUCUAAAUCACAUCAGUCUUGCGUGUUUUGUGAUGAAAAAGAUUCUUGUUCAGCAAAAGUUUUAUCACGUAUACAAAGAACAAUGGUAUUUUUAAAAUGUGGUAUAUUUGUUGCACCAGGUUCUCGAUGUUGUACAAGUCAUUUGUGUGAAGAUGGAUUAACUAUUAAAUCGUUUGAUCAUAUUCGUGUAUCGAAACCUGAUCGAUGGAAAAUUGAUUCAGAUGAAUUUCAAAUAUUUGUCUAA